AUGCUGCUCACGGGAGGAUCAGCUGUGAUUCAAAAUCUUACGGGCGCUCCAGUAGCUGCUUCAGUCUUUCUCUUCCCCAUUGCAUACGAUGUGCCUGAUGCUCAUACAUGGACAGGCGUCGUGGUGUACACCCUUUUCGGCGGUAUCAAAGCGACUUUUAUCACGGACUACAUCAACGGACUCGUCAUUCUCAUUAUCAUUUUCGUGUUUGCCUUCGCAGUGUACUCGACGAAUGACAUUUUAGGCUCGCCAGGACGCGUGUGGGAAAUUCUGACCGAUCUGGCUGCCGAACGGCCCUUGUCUGGCAAUGCUGGCGGUAGUUAUCUGACUAUGAGAUCACAGGGUGGAGUCGAGUUCUUCAUCAUCAACCUGUGCGGAAACUUUGGCACUGUGUUCCUCGAUAACGGGUACUACAACAAGGCAAUUGCAGCAUCUCCGGUUGAUGCACUGCCAGGAUACGUCAUGGGGUAA